UUAAUUCAAUCAAAGCGUUUUUUUUUUUUUUGCUAGGGUUUCGCCUUCGACGUCUUCCCCAUUUCUGUUGGUGCGAGGCGGCAAGCUUCGCCCUAUACCGAGAUCCGGAUACGUUUCUGUAGUUUCGACUUCUAGUUGUCAUUAACAGGGUUUCUUCAGUUAGUAUCCUUUCUUUUCUUCAGAAAUGGCUUCUCGAAGUACCAAUAUAUUAUCAAGAGCCAGCAGGAUCAGGCAAAAGCUACAAUCUGCUUUGGAAGCCAGUUCGUUGGAGAUUGAAGAUGUAUCAUAUCAACAUGCUGGUCAUGCAGCUGUGAAGGGAGAUGCUAACGAGACUCAUUUCAAUAUCAAGCUGGUUUCUCCAAAGUUUGAUGGGCAGAGUCUGGUGAAGCGUCACCGCAUGGUUUAUGAUCUUCUGGCUGAUGAGCUCAAAACUGGCCUCCAUGCCGUCUCUAUUGUCGCUAAAACUCCACAAGAAUCUGGAAUGUCUAAAUCUUGAACCGGUUUGUUUUUCUCCCAUUGUUUAUAAUGUCAGACUGCUUGCUUGGUUAAUUUAUAAAUGAUUGUAUACUUCUAUUACACUGUUGUGGAUCUAAUAAUGAAAAGCUCUCGUUAUUUUUUUUU